GAAAGGUGAUGAUUUCCACGUUGUAUGGAACUUCAAAGGCUUACGGGUUCUUAAUUUUUGUGAUGCUUAUGUUGACUGCUUGCCAGAUUCAAUUGGUAGGUUAAAACAUUUGAGAUACCUUGAUAUUUCAAGAACUUGGGUAAGUAGACUACCGAAGUCCAUUACCCAACUCUACCAUUUGCAGACAUUAAAAUUGCUGAGUUGUGAUUCUCUUAAAAAAUAUCCUAAAGGAAUGAAAAAUUUAGUUAGCUUGAAGCAUUUCUAUAUCGAUUCUAGACGUCAUUUUCCUGAUGAGAUCGGAUGUCUAACUGGUCUUCAAACUUUGCCAAUAUUUGAUGUGGGUACAAAAGGGAGAUGUGGAAUUGGGAAAUUGGGAUGUUUCACUGAACUUAAAGGAGAAUUGGCCAUAUUUAAUCUCCAGAAUGUUAGAAACGAAGAAGAAGCUAGGGAAGCUAAACUGUGGGAGAAGGUAAAGUUACACAAGUUGAGUUACGAAUGGAAGUACUCUAGAAGUGAAGGUUACUACAAUAUUGAUCAGGAUGUAUUGGAAGGAUUGAAGCCUCACUUAGAUCUGAAAAACUUAAUGAUUGAGAAUUAUAAGGGAGAGCAGUAUCCCUCGUGGUUGGCAAGGAAGAGCUUUAGUGGUCCAAGUGCUUGUUUUCAGCCCAUCAAUUUGGUGGAGUUGACUCUAUCAAAUUGUCCGAAUUUAAAGAGUGUUCCAAGUCUGGGGCAAUAUCCCAAUCUCAAAUUUCUUGAAAUGCAUGCUUUACGAAAUGUGAGUUGCAUAGGAAAUGAGUUUUAUUUUGAUGGCAAUUGGUGCAAUAGUGGUGAUGAGAAGAUGCCAAUCCCAUUAUUUCCAGCAUUGGAAAAGUUCACCUUAGGGGGUUUGAAAGAAGUAAAAAAAUGGUUAGAUGUGGAGCCAGCAAUCCCCGUGUUUCCUUCACUAAAAGAGUUGCAAAUUGAACGUUGUAACAAGCUAAGCAGGAUUCCAAGAAUGAGUAGAUUUUCUUCGCUGGAGAAACUCACUAUUCAAGGGUGCGAGGAGUUGAGUUGGACAGGGGAUGAACUAUUUUCCUCUUCUCUAAAAAAAUUAGAUAUAGCUUAUUGUGGGAGCUUAAAAUCCAUUCCAAGUGUAGAGGGUGGUAUCUCUUUUCUUCAAGAGCUUCGGGUGCGGGAUUGUGACAAAUUAUGUAAAAUAGAAGAGGGACUACUUGCCUCCACAUGUCUAAAACAGGUAAACAUUAGCGCAUGUCCUAAUCUGAUAUCCAUUCCUCUAAACGGACUAUCUGCAUGCACCAGGCUUGAAAAAGUAGUGAUAGAAGGUUGUCCUAAUCUGAUUUCCAUUCCCAGUUUAGAUGGCUUCUCCACUCUUUUAAGUUUAACGCUGCGUGGAUUAACAAAUCUGGAGUCAAUUCCAGGAGAGAGCAUUGACUGCCUCCCCCUUUUGAAGUCAUUGGAAUUGGGUCCCUUCUCAGAAGAGCUUGAGGAAUUUCCACUUCUCAGUUCCAUCCCCAACCUCCGCUCUUCCCUUCAACACUUGAUAUUGAAUGGAUGGAAAAAACUAAGCUCUCUGCCACAUCAACUUCAACACUUCACCGCACUUGAGAGAUUAGAGAUACGGCACUUCAAUGGGGUGAUAGCUUUGCCAGAGUGGUUGGGAAACCUCUCCUCUCUUCGAGGAUUAGAUAUUUGGUAUUGUGAGAAUCUAAUGCGUUUGCCCUCUAAGGAAGCCAUGCAACGCCUCUCCAAUUUGCAGCUGCUUCUUACCUGUUAUUGUCCGCGAUUAAAGAAAAAUCGGGCCGAGCUAUCCAAGAUCUCCCACAUUCAAAAUGCCUACAUUCAUUAAUUGGAGUCCAAGGACGACGCUUCCAAGAGGUACUAUAAUUUUCUUAAGCCUAUAGGCUUCGGCUCCUCAUCUUCUAGCGUUAUCAUUUCAUUCAACAAUUCUUCCUAUUCAAUCUGCAACUCCUUUGUUUUUUUUUUUUUUUUGUUUCCUUCUAAUUUAUCGAUUUUUCUCCAUUUUUUUGUUUUAUUCUUUUUCAUGGGUUUAAGGACUGAUAUUGUAGAAUGUAUCUGACCCACUAUUUCAAUAGAAAAUGUAAGUUAAAGUUUGGCAAAUAUGCUUCUAUAAUAGUUUCAAUGCUUCCUGCGUUUACUUUUUGAGCAAAGCUGCAAAAAAUCAACUAUUGUCUUUCUUUCCUUUUAUUUCUUUCUUUAUUUAUUUAUUUACUGAAGCUUUAUUUUGAAUAAAAAUUUUUGCAAAUAUGAGUUUGUAAAUCUGCUAAUCUCAAAGCGACAACCAAAAACAAGUUUACCAAUAAUAGAAAACUGUAGUUAGGUUUCUAUUUGAAUGGCAAUCUCAUUCUGUCUUUUCCCCAUAUAAUAAGCAUUUACUUUUGCUUAUCAUCGUCCCUUUUUUUUUUUAUAGGAAUUUUACAAACAUGAUGUAAGCCCAUUUUUGCGUCUAGUUAUCUUGGCAAUUCUUUGGGGAUUUUAUUACCUUAUUAUAGUUUAGUUCUGAUGAAGAACCCAGUUGACCGCAUGAGGAACAAUGUGGCAUCAAAUUUUCAAAUCACACUGCAAAAGUUCGCUGUCUCUUUUUUUCACGCCAUAAAUUUGGAAGAAUUCACCAGAGUGAUGAUGCUUAGAGUUGGAUAUUUAUCCAACACUGGGCGGACAUGUGAGAAUUCGAUGCAUCUGCCAUC